GUGUGGGGGAGGGGUGACGCGCGCUCUCGCCAGCGGCUGCGGCGGGAGAGAAGCGGGAGCCGCGAGCGCCAUCGCCCCCCUCAGCGCCGGCGCCAUGGCCGAGGAGAAGCCCAAGGAAGGAGUAAAAACAGAGAAUGACCACAUCAAUCUGAAAGUAGCUGGUCAGGAUGGAUCAGUGGUCCAGUUCAAAAUAAAAAGGCACACACCGCUAAGCAAACUAAUGAAGGCUUAUUGUGAGAGACAGGGCUUGUCAAUGAGACAGAUUAGAUUCAGAUUUGAUGGACAACCGAUAAAUGAAACGGACACACCUGCACAGCUGGAGAUGGAAGAUGAAGAUACCAUCGAUGUAUUUCAACAACAGACAGGUGGAGUGUGUUAAAUAUGCUGUCCUUGUGGGAAGAGAAGUUAAAAGACCCUCAUCGCACCUCACUUUUGUCAUCUGUCCUUGGAUUUGCUAUUAAAUAGUAAAUAAAUGAACAUGCCAAUCACACAGGAUUCUUCUAAAAUUUUAGAGGACAUUUUCCAAAAUUGUUUUCUUGUCUCUGACAUACGGCGUGUGCAACUCAAAACUGUAUCUGCAGGGAUUAAUCUACAUCUUAAAUUGGGCCAAUCUGAUUUAACUUUUCAGUUUAAUUAAAGUAAGCGUUGUUUGUCUGCUGUUUUCUUGUUUCUACAAACCUGUGGCCUAAGGUUUCCAGGGCACGGAUUGUUCAUUCCUGGUUUGUGUUAUAUUCUUGCCCUACUGCUUAAGUCUAAUCAUGUAAAUAAUUCAGUAUAUUCUCACUUCGGUAGUGAGCUUGAUAGUUUCCUCGUAAGAUAUGGCUAAGAGGAGGAAAGGAAAAGUUGAUUAAAAGCAUCUAGUGUGUGUUGUAAACACAAAUACUUUAAAGCUGUUAAGCCUAUGAUACAAGGCCUGUACAUGCAGAUAUAAUGCUUCGCAUAGAGUGAAAAUUUAAAAUAUUGUAAAUGUACAUGUGCUUUGUCAUAAUGUGAUAACAUAGACUGAAAUGUAAACUUUGAAAAUUAAAACUGAAAAUUGGCUAGAAUUAAUGUCAGCAACUGAGCUGUUACCAGACCUAGUGCUGAUGGCUGAGCAGUAGUAUAUUCUGUUCCAUAAGGAAAAUACAUCUCGACAGUUAAAUAUCAAUUUACUAUGGGAUGGACAAAAAGUUAAGCAACUUGUUCCCUCAUCUGUUUAAUACGAGCAUAACAACUGUAUCUUUAUUUUAUCUUGGUACUUGUAACUAUAUGGCCUCAGGAUUCUUUUAUUGCUUGUUUCUGGUAGUUAAAAUUGGUCUUAUUAAAAAAUCUAAUGUUUUUCCUUGUUAUGUAUAAGUUUGUGGCCAAGCUGUAUGUGCAGAAGUGCUAUUGAAAGCUUGGUAAACAUGAAAACCAUGGACAAGUAAUUUAAGGUUCUUCUGAGAAAAUUCUGCUCUGCUGCUUUCCAAAAUGUAUUGAAUUUUAAAUGCAUUUGUGUGGUGACUUUCAGUUCUAUAUGAAAUUUUGGGAUCUAUUCCAAAUGAACAUUUUUAAAAGGUCAUCCUAUUGCCCUAAAAUAGGUUGUCCAUUGCUGCUUGAGGAGGUCAUUAUCUGCCUUUUAUAUUUACAUGACCAAUUUGACAAUGCUAGAUCAUCUCCUGCUUGCUUGAAAUCUUGCUGAAAAAGUUCUUAUUUUCUUUUUCAUUUUAUUGUAUAUGGACUAGGGUGGGAUAUCUUGUUAGAUCUCAUUGUUUUUUCACCAAUUUGUACAUUAUUUGUUGUCCUUUACUACUGUAUACAGUAAAUAUAGUUUGGUACUCUG